AGACACACAAAUGUGCAGCCAUGGAUGACUCAGAACUUGAACAGAUUCGCAAGGCUCGUCUCGAGCAGCUCAAGGCGCAACAAGGAGGGGGUGGCGCAGGUGCAGGUGGCAGCUCAGGCCAGGGCGGCGCUGAGCAGAAGAAGCCGCAAGAAGCCGAAGCUAGACAAUCCGUCCUCCAACAGAUCCUACACCCCGAGGCCGCCGACCGCCUGGGCCGCAUCCGGAUGGUCAAGGAGGAGCGGGCAACAGACAUCGAGAACAGGCUGAUCAUGCUGGCGCAGACGGGCCAGUUGCGGCAGAAGGUCACCGAGGACCAGCUCAAGGACCUGCUGAACGCCGUGGCGGAGAACAACCAAAAGAAGGAAGAGAAGAUCGUGAUCAACCGGAGGAAAGGCUGGGAGGACGAGGACGAUGACGACCUGCUGGAUCUGUAGGCCCGCCCAACAAGAAAAGAAAAAAGGAUGGAAGUGUGGGCGAGAGUAUAUUGCUGGGAAGUCAAGGAAGAAAGGACACGAUGCAAUGACAU